AUGGCAAUCACUCCGUCCGCAUCGAAGCGACGUGUGAGGCACUCGCUCCCAGCAGUGUUAAUGCGGGCCGGCACAUCUAAAGGCCUGUUCAUCCACCGCUCUCACCUACCUCCGUCAGAAAAAGAAUGGGCAACACCACUUUUAGCCGCACUGGGUUCUAAAUAUAGUGACGCCCGUCAGAUUGAUGGUGUUGGAGGCGGUAGCAGUGUUACUUCCAAAGUAGCCGUUGUCGCGCCGUCUAGUCAACCUGGCAUUGAUGUUGAGUACACUUUCGUCCAGGUUGCCGUAGGAAGCGAGAGUGUCGACCUUAGCGGCAACUGCGGCAACAUAUGCUCGGGAGUCGGUCCUUUUGCAGUCCAGGAGAGGCUCGUAACGCCGCUGCCCGGGGCAAAGUCGGUGGAUGUACGCAUCCUUAACACCAAUACGUCUAAGCUUAUUGUGGAGACGGUGUGUCUUGACGAAGAUGGAAACGUCGAGGAGGAUGGAGAUUGCCUUAUUCCAGGCGUUAAGGGGCCCGGAAGUGAGAUCAAGGUUGCCUUUGUCGAGCCGAUAGGCAGCAUGACAGGCAAACUAUUCCCCAGCGGGCACCGGUCAGAAAGACUGAUUGUCGAGGAAGUUACUUCGUUGGGCCCCUUCAAAGUCGAGGCGACAUUGAUCGACUCAGCCAACCCGUUUGUAUUGGUUGACUCUGAGAGUCUACCCCCUCAAGUGAAGACUCAGCUCCCGGAUUCACCCAUGUCUCUUGAGGUCGCUGAAGCAAUUCGUAGGCGAGGAGCUGUUCUCAUGGGUCUCGCCGGUACCUUAGAAGAAGCCGGAAUGGUUAGAGGCACACCGAAGCUCGCAUACCUUUCCCGGCCAACUUCUGGUGGGCUGACCAAACGAGACGCAGACAUCCGAGUGCAAGCAUACAGCAUGGGGAAGCCGCAUCCCAGUCUGCAGCUCACAGGAGGUGUCACUUUAGCUAGCGCCAUGAUCAUGGAGGGAACAGUGGCACACCGAAUAGCAAGCCUUAGCAUGACGCUACACAAUGAGGGAAUACCAACGCCCAGAAGAACACCGAGUCCUUCUGCAAUCAAAACAGGAGACCUGUUAUUAGAUGAGUCAGAAUCUCUACCCUUUCAAAGCGAUGCAGUAAGCCGGAUAAUUCGAAUCGAACACGGCAGCGGUACAAUGGAAGUAGAAGCAUGGGCGCGCCAGGGCGAGCAUGGCCUCAUUAUAGAUCGCUGUGUCGUUUUGAGAACUGCUCGAAGACUCUUCGAAGGGAACGUCCUGUAUUAUACCUAG